AUGUUGAAGUAUUUGUGAGUCGAGUAGCUGGCCAGUUGCUACUGCUCCGAUAUAUAAACUAAAUCUCCUAUUUCAACCGUUUUGUAAUGCUUACCUGCCAUGAAACCAAUAUGCUCAUAUAAAUUUUUAUAUUUCAUACAAAAUGUAUUUCAAUGAACUGAGCAGUGCAGCUGUUGUUUUAAGCAGGCUUCACUGUGGUGGUUAAGUUACUAAUGCUGCGCUACUAAAGCAACAGCUGUUGGCCUUUGGCGACGUCGACUGCGCAUGCUUCUUCAUUUGGUUACGCUCCACGUAAUUGUUUGACAGUUGACCAGACCGAAACAUCACUGGCAUUGUUUUUUCUUCGAUUAUAAAAUACAUAAAUAUAAAUUGGUUGUAAUAAACAUUGUAAAGAUAUUCAGGAAGCAGAACCCUCCAGUGUGCCCCGCAUUAGAGCAGCAAUAGAGAGACAAAGGGAGAGACUUAUGAGUGGUCGAUUUGAUUGCUCGGCAUUAUGAAGCUGCUGCUCAAGGAGCUGACGCGUUUAACCACGCAGCAUCGCACCUUCUAUUGCUACAUGUUGCUCAGCAUUUGGAUAUUUUUGCUAAUUGCAGGCAUGUAUCGCUAUAUGGGCAAUGUGGAACGUCUGGGCAAUCCGGGCAGUGGCUUUGGCAUAGGUACUGCCAGCUCAGGACUUGGUCCAGGAGCUGGUGGGAGUGACGCCGCCAGCAGCGCUCAGCGUUUUGCCAAAUAUCGUGAACGCUGUGCCCCGCUCAAUCAGCUAACGCGCUUGGAUGAUGGAGGCAUACUGGAGGGUUGGAAGCUACAAGGAGUGCUCCUGGUCAUACGACAUGGCGACCGUGGAGCCAUGUCUCAUGUGCAUGCCAAUGGCAUCAAUUGUGGCGUGCCAGCAGAUGGAGACAGUCUGGUCAACAGAUAUCGCAGCUUUCUACAAAACUCGAGCAGCUCUGCAUCCGGCUCGAAUCAUUUGUACUGGAGCAAAGUGGGUCCAUUUCAUGGCUUUCCCUUACUGCCCGCCACAGAGCGCGGCUGCCCGCUGGGUCAGCUAACCUACAAAGGCAUUGCCCAGUUGCUGCAUGUGGGCGACAUUAUGCAUCAGAUCUACGCCCAUCCUCUGGGCCUGCUGCUCAAGCCAAAUGCCUUGAAGCUUGGUGUGGAUACCACGCCCCAUACGCUGCUCAAUUCGGAUGAGGUGGUUGUCUUUACCACACGCUAUCGACGCACCUUCCAAUCGGCGCUGGCCCUGCUCUUUGCUCUGCUGCCUGCGGACAAGUGGCUGGCGCUGAAUGUGAGGGAGUCGCACAGCAUGGCUUUCUGCUUCAGCGACUGCUCGUGUGGACAGUCGCUGGUGCUGCGCAAGCGUCUGAUGCAGCUGGCGGAUAGGCAGCUGGUGAAGCGCUCCGAUGUCCUGGCCGUGAUGCAGUGGAUCGGCGGCACCUUGAUACAGCAUACGGCGAAUGAGGGCGGCGUGACGAAUCCCUUCGAGGUGGUGGAUGCCAUGCUGACUGUGCUCUGCCACGAUGCCGCCUUGCCAUGUCGCAAACGCAAUGGCAGCCGGACUGCCAGCACCCGCACCCACAAUCCCGAGCUGGUCGAUGUCAUCAAUAUCGAUCAGGAUGAGGCGAAUUUGGCAAAUCUAAUGCCAGGCGCAGCGGCAGCAGCAGAGCUGGAACAACAGCAGCAGCAGCAGCAGCUGGAGGAGGAGGAGGCCGAGGCAGCUGCACCCAAUGGCGGCUGCGUGCAAGCCUCCCAAGUAGACGCACUCAUGUCCUUUGCCGAUGAGCUCUCCCUGCGCACCGCUCAGCACGUCUACUACAAGCGCGCAGGUCUGCUGCGCUCCUAUGGCAUGAUCCGACAUAUAGUUGGAUAUAUGCUAAAGAUGAUAUCGGGCGAUCGCACCAAGUUUGUGCUCUACUCUGGGCACGACUGCACCAUGCAGUAUCUGACGGCUGCUCUGGGCAUCAUAAGCAAUCGUGAUGGAAAGACGAUUUCGUAUGCCUCCCGCUUGGCCUUCGAGGUGUAUCGCUCCGAUGCCCACACGGAUUACUACUUUCGCGUCGUUUACAACGGACGCGAUGUGACGCAGCAAAUCGAUUUCUGUGAAGGCGGCAAAAGCUUGCGUGUGACUCGGGACAGUCGCGGCAACAAGGCCGAUCUGUGCCCCAUCGAGAAUAUUAUACGAUUUCUGCACGAGGACUAUUUUGGACCGUUGAAUGCGACCAAUUUCAAGGAGGCAUGCGCAGCGUCUGUCGUACAGUCGGCCAAGGCAAACGAGUUCUAGUGGCACUGGGUUCCAUUCUCAGCUGUGAUAAGUAUAUUAUGUUAUAUAUAUAAUUAAGACGAAAUCCAACAAAUGGGGAAACGACGUGAACACUAACUAAAGCGGUCACCAUACAACAACAGCAACAACAACAAAAUCUAUUCUACAGUCUCCAAUCCCAACACGACUUCGUAGUGGCUCUCACGAGCAACGGGAUCUGAGAGUCUUAAGCCUAGUGCGAUGGAAGGAGAUGGCAACUGUCACUUACACAACUCUUUAUUUUUUUUGUCUGCUUUCAAUUGCUUCCUCAAAUGUAUGUGUGUAUUUGCAAGACCUAAGUCUAGUGCGCUCAAAGGAUAUGGCAACUUACUCUCUCUUCUACCAUCUCUUUACAAAAUUUUGUUUUCGCUGAAUGUACAUAUGCAUUUGCGUAUGCAUUUCCUGCCUAUUGAUGAUAUCUAAGCGUUGUUGUAUGGCUAGUGACUAAAUGAAACCAAACAUAUCAAUUGAAUCGCACACAUUUUACUCUAAGUUAGAUAUUUAUAUAAGUGUAUGUCUAUAUAGCAAAAUUUUAGCCUAAUUGUAAUGCCUAGACUCUUAAGUCCGACACAUAUCAGCGAUUGCUUCCACAGGGGCAAUCCUUAACAUUUUUCUAGGAUAAGUUAUAUGAGAUAGAACAAAUCUAUGAGACGUACAUAUGUGUAUUACAUAUGUUUAGUACAUAUCAGCAACAUAUCAUGUGCAACACUUACCUACAGUUUUCAAGUACAUAUAUACAACCACUUUUC